UGUAAAUCUAAUUAAUACUAGUUUGUGUAAAUUUUAUCUAAUAAGUUAUUAUUAAGUAUGUUUCAUGCUGAGAAAACUUGCUUAAUAGGCCAGAUUAUCUUUAUGGCGGUGGAUAUUCUUUUAAAAAUAAAUGUGUUAUCAAGACAAUAAACACAUUGUUUUCUUCUGAUCUUAAUGUUUUGUAGUCGACCUUCUGUUAUGGGCCGGCGUUUUAUUUUCGCACUGGUUUCUGGUAUGGUACUGGGAUUCACUUUAUCAUUUCUUGCCAUCUAUGCUACCAAUCAGGAACAACCGUUUCCUUUCAAACUCUCUUUAAGUGAUCCACAUUAUCAUUCCGAUAUGGAAUCAGCUGCUGGUCCUGAAAUAGAUGUAGGUAGUCACCAUCACGAUGAAAUUUUUCACCGUCUUGAAGAUACAUCUGUUGCUGAUCAAUUAUUCAGGGAAGUUCGAGUUUUGUGUUGGGUUAUGACAUCCCCACAAAAUCAUGCAAAAAAAGCAAGGCAUGUAAAAGCAACUUGGGGGAAACGAUGUACCAUUUUAUUGUUUAUGAGUUCUGAAGAAGACAAUACUUUACCAGCUAUUCAAUUGCCAGUUAAAGAAGGGCGUAAUUAUUUAUGGGCUAAAACCAAAGAAUCUUUCAAAUACGUUUAUGAACAUUAUAGAGAUCAAGCUGAUUGGUUUCUAAAAGCUGACGACGAUACAUACGUAAUAUUAGAAAAUUUAAGAUAUAUGUUAUAUUCAUAUAAAUGGACGGAACCCAUAUAUUUUGGGUGCCGUUUUAAACCGUUUGUAAAACAAGGCUACAUGAGCGGUGGAGCUGGAUACGUAUUAAGUAAAGAAGCCUUACGACGAUUUGUAGAAGAUGGAUUACCUGAUAAAAAUAAGUGUCGGCCAGAUCAUGAUGGUUCUGAAGACGUAGAAAUGGGUAAAUGUUUAGAAAAAGUCGGAGUGGUAGCAGGUGAUACACGAGAUCCACAUGGGCGUGGAAGAUUUUUCCCAUUUGUACCUGAACACCAUUUAAUACCUGUUCCAAAAGAUCCAAAAUUUUGGUUUUGGAAAUACAUUUAUUAUGACAGCAAUCAGGGAAUGGAUUGUUGUUCAGAUAAUGCAAUAUCAUUUCAUUAUGUCUCUCCAAAUCAAAUGUACGUAUUAGAAUAUUUAAUAUACCAUUUACGGCCAUACGGAAUUGCAUAUAAAGUCGAAACUUUGGAUGGUAAUGAUAUUGAUAAAAAAAUGGAAGAAAAUCUACACAAUAACAACCGUUUUAUAACUCCUAGUUCAUUACAACCGCAGCAACAGCAAGAGUCAACAAAAUUGUAGCCAAAUUACAAUUUAAAAGAAAGAUAUUAUUUUAUUUUUCAGGCUAAAUGAUAUUAAGAAACUAUUUUAAACUAUUAAAAUAUUUAUUCAAAUAACAGAAUUUAUACCAUAAUAUUCGUAUAAAACAAAAUUUAUACCACGUUACCUGAAAUAAAACUUAUUAAGCGAUUUAUUUGUAUUUCAGGGAGACUCUAAUUAAGAUGAAUCAUUAUCUAAGAGACGUGAUGUAUAGUCCGCGGGACUGCACCCAUUUUGUUAAAUGAUCAAUACAUAUUUGAAUCUUCUUGAGGGGCUUCCUUUUGACGAGUGUACCUAACUUUCUCUUUACGACUUGUUUUAGCAUGAUAACGUUAUAUUUAAACUAUCGGUCUGUAAAAACGUAUGACGGAAUUUGUUUUUCCAGAUCGAUAGUUUAAAUAUGACGUUAUCGUGCUCGUUUGAAAACGAAGCACUUUCGAAAAAAGUUGCAGAAAUAAUGUUUGGUAAACUCGCUAAAAGAAAGCUACUGACGAAGUUUCAAGUAUGUCUUGAUUAUUUAACA